AGCUAUUCCAAGUGCGCGAACUAUACCACAACUGAAAACGAAGCACAUGUUUUGGAAGUAAUAAUGGGAAAAGACAAGAAGAGGAAGUCUGAAGGAGGAGAAGAAGAGGGUGGUGAUAGCAAAGAAGCAUGGAACUCUAAAAUUGAACAUUUAAAUGCUAUUUCAAAACCGCUAGCUCCACGGAAAUUAAGCAAACGAUUGUAUAAAGCGAUCAAAAAAGCUGCAAAACAAAAACAGCUGAGAAAGGGAGUACGAGAAGUGCAGAAAUUUGUAAGAAAAGGAGAGAAAGGUGUGAUUGUGUUGGCUGGUGAUGUAAGUCCUGUUGAUGUCAUCUGUCACAUGCCUUUACUCUGUGAAGAAGGAGGAAUACCCUACUGCUACACACCCUCAAAGGAUGACUUGGGUGCUGCUUGUGGAUCCAAAAGACCUACCUGUAUGGUAAUGAUCAAACCCCAUGACGACUAUCGUGAACUCUACGACGAAUGUGCUGGAGAGGUCAAGGACCUUCCUCUUCCCAUCUAAUCGGACCAGAAUCAUUGGAUACGGAAAUGGUUGUCGAGUCAUAAGAUCUUCAACAUUUCUUGACAUACCAGAAUCUCGGGAUAUGGAAUUGUUUGUCAAAUCUGAAGAUAUUGGACAUGGUUGACUUAGGAGGACAUCGUGAUACAGAAUUGCUCGUCAAGCUUCGAGACCUUGGACAUUGAUGGCCCAGUUAUAAGAUCUGGAAUGUUGUGGGUGUAGCAGAAGACAUCUCAGUUAAAUAUAUACAAUCGGGGCCCAGUUAUUCAAAACACUUCAUUUACUCAACUUUCCAAAAUGUAUUAUUUUCUACAAAUGUUGUCUUGUUUUUUAACUUUAAAUGUUCAUUAAAAAACUUGGCACAUGUAGUUUAAAUUUCAAACUGUAAGAAAAUGAUUGAAGUUACAAAAAACCAUCUUCAUUGAAGUUAAUAUUUCUUUGCAAAACCAGGCAAAGAUGAUACCCAUGGGGGGGGUAUGCUUUCUCUUACUCAGGACUGGUAUCCACACUUUUCCUGUUUUGAGGUUAAUAGAAUAUUUAAACCAAUUGGAAGCAAGAUAAGGGAAUCUCAACCAGAGGGGGGAAUUCUUAAGUUUCCAAACAUAAGGCUUGCCAAAGAGUUUGCCAGCUGAAGAAUCUUUCUCUUGGGGUCGAGAUCCCGAAACUUACCCCACAUGUGAUGAAAGAAUAUUUUUCUUUUACCCUGUUGACCCUGUCAAAUAUACACAUUUUAUAACCAUAUUUUAUUCUUUGAAGAGCUGUUCAAUGUUUGGGUUUGCGGAAACAGGAUAUCGAGAUGGAACAGGUUUUGUCACACAGAAUCUACCUUUUAACAGUACAGACAGUGUUUAUUCUUGGUGUUUUCAGAACUGUUCUAAUGACCAUUUCAUUACCCGAUACAUAAAUAUAUACAUGUAUAUGUAAAUCACUGAAAUACAUAAAUAUAUAAAUCACUGAAAUACAUGUAUAUGUAAAUCACUGAAAUACAUAAAUAUGUAAAUCACUGAGAUACAUGUAUAUGUAAAUCACUGAAAUACAUAAAUAUGUAAAUCACUGAGAUACAUGUAUAUGUAAAUCACUGAAAUACAUAAAUAUAUAAAUCACUGAGAUACAUAAAAAGGUAAAUCACUGAGAUAUUUAAAAAAAAAAUCAUUGCAAUUUAAAAUCCAUUAUUUUCUUUAAUAAAAUAGGUCUUGUCAUGUUAUACCUAGCAUUUAUUGCAAACACCAAUAGUGUUCAGGCAGUGUCCUGUUGUUAAUUGUAUACUGUAUAGAACUUGUGGUUUGCAGAGGUUUUAUCUCCAUAGAAUUUGUGACCUGAAACAUGGAACUAGUUAUGAUUUAAUACUGGUAUUGAGCAAAAUUUCAGCUUCACAAGUUUGUUUGAAAAUAGGACCCCGUGAAAUUACAGUCCUGUGUAACAUGAGUGAGGAAGUAGUGUUAGUGUGAAUGUGAGGAGAGAAAAGGAUGGAGAGAAAGUUCAUUGUCAUACAGAAACAUGUUAAUGUGGAUCACUAGAUUUUAAAUAAAAAAGUAAGCUUACAAAUU